ACAUCUCACAUAUCCACAUCCGGCGCCCGAUUAGGUAGAAACGGUUCGACGUUCAGCGCGACGAUUGUUGACCAGGCCAUCGUCCAUUCACUAACCCUGGUAUCUGCAACUGCAACAUACCUUCAGGCAUGCUUCAGACUAAAUUCGACGUCUGCUC